AUGUUCAAAUAUGCUAAUCGUUCAAAUUUAACGUCCAAUCAAUUUUUUAAUAUGGAAAAAAAAUUGCAUGAACUUAUAAAUUAUCAAGAAAAUAUUCUAAAUCGUUUAGAUGAUUCCAAAUCGGAAAUAGAAAGUAAUGAUUCUUUAGAACCAUCGCAUAGAUCAUCCUGUUGUCUGGUUCCCUCUGAACCAAUAAAAAUAAAAUCUUCUAGUGAACAAAAAUUAUGGGUAACAGAAUCAGAAGAAACGAUCGAAUCAAGUAGAAAUCAACGUUGUCUAUGGAAUAUUGAUCAUAAAAAAAUUACAACAAUCGCCAUAUGUUGCACAUUAAAAAGAAAUCGGAGAGAAAUUAAUAACGAUAUUAGCGAAGCUUUGCAUAGAUUUAAUCAAUUUGAUUCAUCAGAACAAAAAUAUGCAUUUAUUCAUGUUGGGAAAUAUAUUUAUGCUAUAGGAGAUUGUAAAACACGAAUGUAUAAAUAUGAUAUUAUUUCACAGGGAAUUCAUCAGAUCGAUGGUCCUUAUCCUGGCCGAAGUCAAUUUGGUUUAGCAGCAACUAUUGAUUAUAUUAUUCUUAUCGGUGGUUUAACCAUUGAGGGAAAAUCGAUCUCAUCAACUAUUCUAUUUAAUUGUAAACAAGAACAAUGGUAUUCAUUACCGAAUCUACCACUGAGAUAUCAGCAAGGUGUAUUUUUACCGGCUGUUUGUUUUAUUGAUCGAAGUGCAAUAAUUAUUGUUGGCGGUUUUAUUAUGACUAGUGAAGGGCCCAUUGCAAUGAGAAAAUGUUUUCGUUUUAAUUUAAAUAAAAGAAAAUGGCUACCAAUAGCAUCAUGCAAUGAAGCGCGAGGACAAUCAAUACUAACUUAUUCUUCCGAUAGGAUUUAUACUAUUGGUGGAUUACAAUAUAUUUAUGAUAAAUGUAAAAUAAUCACAAGCAAAAAUGUUAUUGCUAUUGAAGAGUAA